GAACGUAGAAGGGGAAGUGCUAUAGCUGGCAGAAGGUGAGGAAGGCCGGCGAGCGCUUCAACCGCAUUUCAUUUCUUUCCUCUUUUCAAAAUAACCCAUUUUUCCUCUCCAUCUUUCUCUUUCUAACCCCAUUUUCCUCCCAUCUUUCUCUCUUUCUCUCUGCUCCUGCAAUUUGGGAUCUCUCCACUCUGCAUUUUCCCCAUUUUCCCUCCCCCUUUUCAAGAAUUCAGAUCCCCCAUUCUCUUGUUUCCUCUCUAAUCUUCAUUACCCUUGAUGGGUUUCUCUUGAUUUUCUGAUUUCUUCAUUCUUUUUUUCUUUUUUUUCUUUUUCUGUUGCUGGGCCUGAUGAACAAUCGAUUCUGAGGAAGGAGAAGAAGAAAGGAACAGACCCAUUUCGAGUAAGGCAUUGUAGUUUUGGGGGUUCAGAUCUGGUGCUUCGAGAUGAGUGCGUCCAGGUUUAUAAAGUGCGUAACGGUUGGUGAUGGUGCUGUGGGUAAAACCUGUAUGUUGAUUUCCUAUACGAGUAACACUUUCCCCACGGACUACGUGCCUACCGUUUUUGACAAUUUCAGUGCCAAUGUGGUGGUUGAUGGAAGCACGGUCAACCUAGGAUUAUGGGAUACUGCUGGUCAAGAGGAUUACAAUAGAUUAAGACCACUAAGCUAUAGAGGUGCUGAUGUUUUUAUUCUUGCUUUCUCUCUCAUAAGCAAGGCCAGCUAUGAAAAUGUUGCCAAGAAGUGGAUUCCUGAAUUGAGACAUUAUGCACCUGGUGUUCCAAUAGUUCUUGUUGGAACUAAACUUGAUCUUCGGGAUGACAAGCAGUUCUUUGUAGACCACCCUGGUGCAGUACCCAUUUCCACUGUUCAGGGAGAGGAGUUGAGAAAAGUUAUUGGAGCCCCGGCAUACAUCGAGUGUAGUUCAAAAACCCAGCAGAAUGUGAAAGGAGUGUUCGAUGCAGCCAUUAAAGUGGUGCUCCAGCCGCCGAAGUCUAAGAAGAAGAAGAAGAAGUCACAGAAUGUCUGUUCCAUCUUAUGAUCGCAGAAGGAAGUGCUUUUGCUUGUGCCGAAGGAACGACGACUUCAUAUGUACUCGCCUUUUUCUCAGCAUAUCUUUAAUCCAUGUCAUCCCAAGGAAGCGGCGAAUGAUGGACUGUAUCGUAUACGGCCCCAAGCUGACAUUCCAAAAUGCAAAUAGAACAGUGAUGAUGUUUGUUUCUUAUUUUGCAAUCAGUUUGUUAGUGAUGACCAACAUUGCUAACCCCAAUUUGUCUGUUUGAAUUGUUCAUGUAUUAAUGAGAUACUUAAAAGAACUGCUCCCUGGGCAUGAACAUGGUUGGUACUGGUAACAUAUUUUGUCUAAUUCCAUUCACAUGAUGAUAUUUCUCUGACA